AUGCCGACCCCAGCUGACAAUUACGGACCUCAAGACAUGCGUGGUUUUAUCUGCAAGGGUCCCACUACGGAGAGUAGCCUGACCAGCCCUCGUCCAUCGGGAAGAACGCCAAAAAAAACAAAAUUUCUUUUUUCUAUCAAGAAAAAAGAAAAAUUUGUGAGCGAAGAAGAAGAACACAAAGGGAUAGAAGUCGAACAACCGGAAGCACCCAUCAUCAGAACCUUCUCCAGCCAGAGUUCAGAAUGA